AUGUAUUUAAGCUCGAAUUUAUUUCUAUUAAUUCUCAUAAAUUUAAUUAAUCUUCAUUUCUCAUCAUCAUCGAUCUGUUCGGAUUACUAUUCAUCUCAAUCAUCUUAUCAACAAUGUGAAUGUGAAGAUCUUUCAAUCAAUGGUCAAUCAACAAUAUCAUUAAAAUGUACUGGUCAAACAAAUUUUCCAAAUUUUCUCUCAACAAUAAAUUAUCAAUCAAUUGAAAUCGAAUCAUGUUUAGAAGAUUUAAAUUUUGAAUUAAAACCAUUUUAUGAUUUAACAUUAAAUACAUUACGUAUACGUCAUUGUAAUUUAAUUAAUAUCAACGAUCAAUCAUUUAUAAAUAUAAAACAAUUUGAAAAAUUCUAUUUAGAAAAUUCAACAAUAAAAUCAAUUUUAACAUCGAAUGAAAAUUUUCAAGAUAUAUUCAUAUCCGAUUCAUUUCAAACUUUAAAAUCUUUAACAUUAAAAAAUAUUCAUUAUCAUCAAAUAAAUAAACAUGAUAAAAAAUUAAAUCUAGAAUUAUUAUUACAACAAUUACCACGUUUAUAUCGUUUAGAAUUAAUCAAUAUCUAUUUAGAUAAUUAUCGUUAUCAUGAUAUUAAUUCAAUUGGUGAAUAUUUAACCUAUUUAAGUUUAACAAAUACACAUCAAACAAGUUUAUUACCAAUUGAAUAUUUAAAAUCUCUUCAACGUUUACUUAUACGACAUCUACCAGAUAUAUUUCAUAGUCAACCAUUAAUUGCAUCAUUAGGAAAAUUAAAAAAUUUAAAAUAUAUUCUUUUUGAACAUAAUCAAUUGAAAACAAUUGAAAAUUUACAUUCAAAUACAAUUGAUGAUAUUGAUUUAAGUUCAAAUUUAAUUGAAUCGAUUGAUGAAUAUACAUUUGAAUAUGUACCGAAACUUCGUCAAUUAACAUUAUCAGGUAAUCCAUUAAAUUCAAUUGAUAAAAAUGCUUUUUGUGGUAUUGAAAAUCUUCAACGUUUAUCAAUACAUAUUAAACAUACACAAAUCUCACCAUUAGAUAAUUGUUUAUUAAUUAAUUAUCCACAAUUACAAAUUAUACAAGAUAGUCAAAUAAAAUUACAAUGUAAUUGUCAAUUAAUGAAUGUAUUUCAUUUGAAACGACAACAAAUCAAUGCGAAUAUUAAUCGAAUAUUUAAAUUAAAUCAAAUGUGUUUAUUUAAAAAUGAUACAUCAUUAUAUAAACAACAAGAUGUAGGUAUACAUUUAUAUGAAUUAGAAAAUUAUUUAAAUUGUUCGAAUAUAAAUUUAUGUAAUAAUGAUCAUUUAUGUCAAGAAAGAAAAAUAAAAAUUUUAAAAACAGAAAUUUUAUCACCACCACCUAUACAAGUCAAUCCCAAAUUAUCAUCAUUUUCUACGUCUUUAUAUUCAUUUUUUUCUUAUUUACUUUUUCCGUUGUUAUUAUGCUUUUUGUAUUUGUAA